AUGAUUUCACUCGACUUGAAUCCAUAUACAAUCCUAAUAACAUCAUUCACAUUACUCCUAUUACAAAAAAUAAUUACCUUAAUAGGCAAAUCCACCAUCCAAUCCCUCGUAUGGAACGUUUACACAUCAUCACCAUUAUUAGCUCAAAGUAAAUCCAUAAAGCAAUACGCAGCCAAACAACAUGAAAUUAGAACUUUAACUCAUGAACAAAGAUCUAUAAGUGCUCAAGAUGAAUAUGCCAAAUGGACGAAAUUGAAUCGUAAAUUGGAUAAAUUGAAAUUGGAAUUACAAGAUUUGAAUGAGACAUUGAGUGUUGAAAAGACUAAGGUGAAUUCUGUUACAAAUUCAUUGAUUUGGAUAAGUACAGUAUUACCAAUUUGGGUAAUGAGAUUCUUAUUUAGAAAGACCAAUUUGUUCUUUAUACGUGUUGGUAUUUUACCUUAUUGUAUUGAAUGGUGGUUGGCUUUACCUUUUUUCAAAGUUGGCACUAUUGGAUUAACUUGUUGGAUGUUUGCUGUUAAUUGUGUAUUGAGUGAUUUGAUUUUUUUAGUUAGCUUUCCAUUUAAAGUUAAAGUUGCCAAACCAGAAAAGCCAAUAAAGGAACACGAGGAACCAAAGGUUGAAGAGGUUGAAACUAUCGAGAAGUAA